CAUCGAUUCAUCAGCUGCGUUUGAAGUGGUUUAAAGUAGCUCGUGUCUCGAUUGUUGUCCUGCGAUAAAUCGUGCCCGCGCUAUCUCUCCCGAGAUGCCGAAUUUUACAAAGUGGCAUUUCGCUCUAAUCAUUAUCACCUGCGUGUCACUCGGCCACGCCCUGGAGUGUUACGUUUGCACGGAUCAAGAAGGUAAUCAAGAAAAAUGCCUGAACACCAUCAAGACCUGCGAACCGGGACAAGAUACUUGCCUUACGGAGAUUAAAUGGGGCAGUACACCAUAUUGGUCUCAGGGAGCCAAGAAACAAUUUUAUGUCUCUAAAAGAUGUGCCUUUAAAAAAGAAUGUGAAAGACUACAGCGCAAUAAUAUGCCUGAUUGCACUCAUAUCUGGUAUCAGGAUUGGAAGUGUUCUUCUUGUUGUGGAGGCGAUAGGUGUAACUACUAUGUUAUUUCUGGUGAAAACGAAAGGAAAGUACAUAAUGGAAUAUUUGCCAUAACAAUCUUAAUUUCCUUGUUGGGUGCAUCAAGAUUUCAAUGACAGAAGUUCUGCAGAAAUGAUUAGCUAACGUUUUAGUCAGCUAAUAAAUCCAUUGAGCAUCUCAUUAUUGCAGACUGAAUACGUACAGACGCCUUUUUUAAAUGUAAUAAUUAAUGCAAGACAAUAUUAAGAUUGUACACGCAAGAUAGUUUUACAAUUUUACA